AGUUUUGGGGAGUGAGGAGGGUCCGCAGCAGUUAUCCAACAAUGUCUGGUGAGUCAGGCCAGCCACAGGCUGGCCCCUCACAUGCUGGGCUAGGUUUACCAAAUCGUGAGAGAAAUCCGUCUGGGGUCCUGGGAGGGGUGACCCGAAGGGCUGGCGCCCAACCGCCGAGAUCCUGGAUCCAGAAGGUUCUUGAGCAAAUAAUCGGCUCACCUCGCCAGUGGAUCACCCCCUCUGAGAUAGUGCCUGUCUCUGUGUUAGCCGUUCAACGGUACCUGUUAGAGGAUGAGCCACGGGACGCUAUGUCCAAGCUGCCUCUUUACUGCUUUGAUGUGACGAUCUCAGACGGGGUGUACCGAGAGAAGUGCUACCUAGACCCCAGCUUAAACUCUCUCGUACAUAAAAAUAUUCUUAAAGUUGGCAUAGAAAUGAGAAUUUGCAAAGUCUCGUGUCUUUACAACGAGAAAAGGUUAGGCCAGGGGAUCCUGUGCAUAGAUCAUGUCCACUGUGGGGAUACCUUAGACGAGAUUUCUUUAGAAACUCCCUUCAGAAAUAGCGCGCACGGGGAGAAACCAGAGAGGCCUUUAAGGGGCGGGAAGAGUCAUUACCUGGCGCUGUGGAAUAACGAAGAUCCAUAUGGAGAUAUCUGGUUAACCGACAAGCAACCUGAGGAAUACACUGUUAGCGAUACCAAAAUAAUUUCACUUUCUCACCUUGAAAUGACCUGGGCUAACAGAAGAAGUUUUCCUGCAUUGCUUGUGAGGAUCUUGCAUAAAUCAAAACUGCGAUACUAUGGGAAACCUGAUAAAAAGAUGAUUGAACCAUACCAGACCUUUUUGGAAGUUGCUGACGGUUCAGGCAUGGUGUCAGUGAUUAUGUGGAAUGCCCUGUGUCCUGAAUGGUAUAAAAGUUUGCGGGUUGGUUUAAUUCUUCUGCUCCAAGAUUAUUCUGUUAAAAAGAGUUAUUCAUUGAGGAUGCAGCCUCUCUCUGUGGAUCCAGAGGUCAAACCAAUUUCUACAAUGGAAAUCUGCCUGAAUCUUCGAGAUCCUCCAACAAAUAUAAUUAUCAUUCCAGAAAAGCAGGUGAAACCAGAAUGGAGACUGCCAAAAUUAAGUCACCGAUUUAUCACAAGAUCAGAACUGGAUGAUUUGCCAGAAAAUCAUAUCUGUGAUGUAAUUGGCAUUUUACUUUUUGUAGGAAGGGUCCAGAGGUCAAAAAAGAAAGAAAAUGGUGAAGAUUUUUGGUCAUAUCGCUGGAUUCACAUUGGUGACGGGACUUCAGAGCUACCAUUUAUAGUGGAACUGUUUUCUACAUCUCAGCCAGAAAUCUUCGAAAAUAUUUACCCAAUGACAUAUUUUAUGUGUACACAAUUGAAAGUUGUCAGAAAUGAUGCUCAAGUACCUAAACUACUUUACCUCACCACUACCAAUGAAAGUCAAGUAUUUAUUACUGGUCAUAAAGGCCAGCCGUAUCCCUACGAUGCCAAGAAUGCUAACAGACCCUCAACAUCUCAAGCAGCUAGAGGAGAAGCUCAAAGUACACAGAGAAAUGUUAAACGACCUCUACAUGAAGAGUCUACAUGUUUUCAGUGUGUUCAAGAAUCAUCUGCAAGGAUGAGUGCGAGCAGUAAAAUAAGAAUUCUUCAAGGCACAUGUGCCAAACCAGUUGCUGUACCUCAGGAAGAAGCUUCUGUACAAGAAAAAGGAAAUAAACUAGGCAUGCCAAGUAUCUCCCCACGUCGAGAAAGUGCACGCCCUAAUCCCCAAAGGAGAGCCAGAAAAACUAUGGGUGAUAGGUGGGUGAGUCAGCAGUGGAGAGAAAAAAAGUUUGGCUUAAUAGAUCACCUGCAUUACAGCCGUGUUUAUCCUGAAAGUAUUCCACGGAAAUUUGUUUUUGAGCACAAAAAGUUUCUUACUGAGCUGUAUAAUUCUCAGCCUGCAAAAUACAUACCACCAGAAGGAAGGCCUCCAAAACUUGAUGAUUUUAAGAGUGCCCGAAUCCUUGGACAUUUUGAAGUAACCAUCCUAGGUCUGAACCAUGAGAUAGCAAUUGAUGUCGCAUUCCUACCCAUGUAUUGUCCAAAAGAUGUCCGAACAUCUCAAGUAGACACAUUGUUAAGCUGCAUGAAUUACAGCUGUGUAUUUCCACCAGAAUUAACUGGCAAUGACCGACUGCAAGGUCCAAGAGGACUUGCCGGUGAUAUUAUAAAAGCAGCAACUGCACUGGAUAAAGCCCAUAUCAUCGGUAUCUUGGAUAUCUGUAAUUUGGGUAACAAUAAAGUGGAAGUGUAUUUGCAUAAAAUUUAUAGCCCAAAGAAUACUUCUUAAAAAUUAAAAAAUGAAAUUAUUACAAAUUAUAAAGAAGGCAUUGCUUUAAAGAUAUUCUGUCACUUUGUUGGUAAUUUCAUUAACUGUUUUCAGCAAAAAUGUUACAUGGGUUCUAAAGUUAAGUAGUUUUAUGUUCAUCUUGUAUUUGGAGCUAACACAAUGCAUUCUAGAUUCAUGAUUGAAAACAAGGUCAUCGAAAUAAUUUCUGUGUAUUGGGAAAUCUACCUUACUUAUGUGUGACUCUUAUCCUGACUUAUAAUAAUUUAUGUUCACUGUUCCAUUUGUGAAGUGUACUUUUAUUCUAAAGCCUCAGUAUAAGGCAUCCUAACUUAUAAGAGUAACUUUUCUUGGAGAUUUAACAUCCUUCCAAUUUUAUCCACAUAUAAUGAGAAAUUAUAAAUUGCCAAUUUGAAGGUUAAAUUCUCCUAAAGUGAUCAACCUGCAUUUCUCACAACCAAGGUAGUUUCUAGCAUUUGCAAAAGCACACCUGAAUUGUUGUGGUCCACUUGCCCCUGGUCUUUUGUUUGGCCAGUUGUAAAACGAGUAUGCUGAAUUAAAUUGUGUUAAGGUUUUUCCACCCCAUAUUGUGACUUUGUAUGCUUUGAAUUUCUCACUAUUUUGACCAGCGUGUUGAGAUGUUAAAGCCAGAGGCUUAAGUAUGCCUAUAUUCUUGCUGUAUUUGUUUGUAGCUUCAAUAUAUGUAAUGUGAGUUUUAAUAGUGAAAUUUCUAUCUCAUAUUAACAUUUCAAGUGCUUGUAUGGAAAGUGGAAAACAGUAACUAAGGGAAUUGAUUUUAUUCUGGUUGUCUGUAAUACUUCAUUUUAAAUGUAAAUGGCCACUCUGCAUUUGCAAGUCUCUGUGGUUGACAUCUGUGUGGUUUUAGAUGAGCCAAAAUGACCAUCAGAUGGAUUUAAAGAUUAUUCUGUAUCCAGAUAAAUCUGAUCCAGCUAAGCUAUUAACUUGUGGGAUUUUCUUGUGGCCCUAUAGUUCUAUGACUUCAUUUGCUAUACAUUUUAAAUGUGUUGGGCAACCUACAACCCUAAAGAUAUAUUGCAAUUUGUUCAUAAAUGUUUUUGGUCUUUUAUUCUUUAUAAUUGUGUUUAAAUGUUAAUUAAAAUAGUGGAUUCUUGUUGUGUUACAGUUUUAAGUGUGUUAUUAAAGAAGUUAAAAUGCAA